CUCUGACUCUGACUCUGAGCCUCGACUCUCGAGGGAGACAGGGAUCUGCUCAAGAUCAGCAUUGUGGAUUGUACGUUGCAUUUUGCAGGUGCCCGAGGGCUACUGGAAGCCAUCUGUAUGUAUGCACACAAAUAGCGUGGGUCCUUGAUUGAGAAUCACCAUGGUGCAGUUUGCCUGUGAUGUAUGUGGGAGCGAAAGCGUGAUCCAAAGCGACUUGGGGCAGUACAUCUGUGCGGACUGUGGCACCCAGUCUCAGGAGAUGAUGGAGGAGGCCGCCGAAGACGGCAUGCUUAACAAACCCAACGCCUUUGCCAGGACCAUCGACAGCCACGUGGAGCGGCACGAGACGCAGGACGCAGAAGAAGCCGUGCUCACGGCAAUGGAAGCCUCCGACGGGGCAGCCAUAGGCGAUGACCCCGUGGCUGCGACCGCCAUAGCUUAUGUCACGGGGAUGCAGCUGGUGUUGCAGGGGGUGUUGGAGGCGCUAGUGGCCAAGUUUGGGUGUAGCGAGGAGGUGAUUGGAGUGGCGGGGGAGAUGUGGCAUAGCCUGGUGCAGCAGUCGGAGGUCCUCUGCGACGGUCUUGAGCGGGAAGCCGCAGCAUACGUUCCCCGGAAAGAUUGGCCCGCUGGCGAGGAGGACGUGGCGGGACUGGACGAUAUUGAUCCGACCAUUGAUGAAGACGAGCUGGCGGAUGCUGCAGCCGCCGAUUCCGGACCUGAGCCGGAGCCAGAGCCCCAACCGAAGAAACGCCGGAAACGGAAAGCGCGCAAGGUGCUGAAGAAGGCGACCAAGAAGAAACCGAGCACGGGGAUGGGUCCGGGGCAGCAGGCCAGGCGCAUCUUCGGCGUGCUGUCGAGACGCCUCCCGACAGACCUUCCGCUCUCGAUCGCGUACCUCGCGUGCUUCUGGUUGCGGGAGUCAAUUCUGCCGACAGACAUCGUCAGGUGGACACUCGAGGGGCACAUUCCGUACCUGGCCCCCUCCCUCUCGCUCCCCCCCCACAUCGAACAGCGCCUGCGCGGGGUCGCCGUGCAUCCUCUGAGCAUUCCCAGCCCGCGCAACAUCGAGUUCCGCGCCGUCGUGAUUGCUGAUCGCCUGAAUCUGGAGCUGCCGCCGAUCAAUGCACACCUGGUCGCGGCCAGGCUGCUCAAGGACCUCGGGCUGCCGGACUCGCUGGCUGCACCCGUGGACCGCCUUCUGGACUUGGUCACGCCGCAGGGCUUCUGGAUCUCGUCGAGCAAACGAGCGAUUCCGCCGAGGACCUUCGUGGCGGCCAUUAUCCUGAUCGCAGUCAAGCUGUUACACCAUCUCGGCGGGCCCAUCACCUCCAAAACAAAGGGCAAGCAGCACCAGCUGACCCCCAACCCGGAAGUCCUUCGCAACCUGACGCCUCCUUCCAGGGGGCUCCAAAUGCCCAGUCCUGCGCCCCCUCUCAUCACGAGGCCUGGCGAGCCCGUCGACCUCCACAAUCUGGACCGUUACCUGCGUUACCUCAAAGAGGUCAUCUUCAAGAGAGCCGAGCCAGCCGCAGAUCUGAAAGAAUACCACACCGCGUGCGAGAAGCUCUUCCAGGGGGCUGUAUCCGCCGCGGCCGCCCGGCCCCGCACUCCCCCGGCAAAGGAUGCUGACGUGGUAGGGCCCCAGAAGGCGGACUGUGACGUCGGCGUGCUGACGCCGAUGCUGGAUACGGAGGAGCCGAUGGAGCAUGAGCUCAUUCACUAUCUCGGAAACAAUGUAAACGCGAGCGGGCACCGGGACUACGUCCGGCUGCUGCGCUCGUUGGCAGCUGCGAUCUGGGUGACUCCCACGGGGUUGCACAAGGUCGUCAAGGAAGUGGAGCUCGACCUGAUUGAUCUGGAGCGGAGCCUCCAGAAGCACCUCUCACAGAGUGACACGUGGCAAGCUGGGACCUGACAGACGCGCACGCUUCAUGUCUGAGACACCGCAAACGGCCGCAGCGUGCGAGUCUGUUGCUGGUCCGCAGAACUAGAGGGCGAGACCCGAGCGCGGCAACCGAGCGCAACCGAGGAGGAAUGUAUCGGAGAGUGGUUUGACAAUCGGGUUCGCAGUUGCUGUCAGCAGAGUGAAUCCAACAUUCCGCUCGUAGCUCAGCUCGAAUCGUGGUCGGAAUAGCAUUUCCGUGGGACCCAAAUAUGGCACGUGCAGAAAGUACACGAAGUCGACGCAUCAUUGGAUUCUCCACUAGCCUAGAUUUGUGGCGACAAGAAGGGAGCUCAGAGUGUUGCAAACUUGUUGGCCGCAUUACCUGCAUGAAGGAGCUAGAGAGGCGUCGAUCAUGCGCGCGCGGCAUGUGCGUAAACUACCUCAGAUUGGAAGUGCGUAGUAAUGUUUUGCAGAUCUAUAUGGACCGAUAUUGGCGGGUCAUUUCUAAGCCGCCGCCUAGUUUGUGUGCUCCAAGAACGAAGUAUCGCAUGUACAUAACCGCCAUACUGAGCUAGCUUGCAGCCUCAGCAGGACGC